AUGUCAUUUGAUGGAAAAGUUAUUACAUGCAAAGCUGCUAUUGCAUGGGCUCCAAAUGAACCUUUAUCUAUUGAAACUAUCGAGGUUGCACCACCAAAAGAACAUGAAGUUAGAAUAAAAAUUUUGUAUACUGCUCUAUGUCAUACAGAUGCAUUUACACUUAGUGGUCAAGACCCAGAAGGUUUAUUUCCUGUUGUUCUUGGACAUGAAGCAGCUGGUAUAGUAUGUGAUGUAGGACCUAAUGUUACUGAAUUUAAAACUGGUGAUCAUGUUAUUCCUUUAUAUGUUCCACAAUGUAAAGAGUGUGAAUAUUGUAAAAAUCCAAAAACAAAUUUAUGCCAAAAAAUACGUGUAACACAGGGAAAUGGUGUUAUGCCUGAUGGAACAUCAAGAUUUACCUGUAAAGGGAAACCUAUUUAUCAUUUUAUGGGUUGUUCAACCUUCUCAGAGUACACUGUUGUUUCUGAUAUCUCACUUUGUAAAAUUAAUGAGAAGGCUGAUUUAAAAAAAGUUUGCCUUCUUGGUUGUGGUAUUACAACAGGUCUUGGUGCUGUAAAAAAUACUUGUAAAGUUGAAAAAAAUAGUACUGUUGCUGUUUGGGGGCUUGGUGCUGUAGGGUUGGCUGCUGUUAUGGGUGCCAAGAUGGCUGGUUCCAGGAGAAUUGUAGCUAUUGAUACUAAUCCACGAAAAGAGGAAGUUGCCAAAAAGUUUGGUGCUACAGAUUUUGAAAAUCCAUUGAAUGCUCCAAAGGAUAAAUCAUUCCAAAGUUAUUUAGUUGAUAAAUAUGAUGGUGGUUUUGAUUACACAUUUGAGUGCAUUGGAAACGUUAAAACAAUGAGAGAAGCUCUUGAAGCUUGCCACAAAGGAUGGGGAGAAUCUUGUAUUAUUGGUGUUGCUGGUUCAGGACAGGAAAUAAGUACAAGACCAUUCCAACUUGUUACUGGUAGAACAUGGCGUGGAACAGCAUUUGGAGGUUACAAAAGUAAAGAUUCCGUUCCAAAGCUUGUUGAUGACAACAUUAAUGGUGUCUUGAAUUUGGAUGAAUUUGUUACACACACAUUUCCUUUCCAAAAAAUUAAUGAAGCUUUUGAUGUUCUUCAUCGUGGAGAAAGUUUACGCUCUGUUAUAAAUUUAUGUGAUGAAUAA